AUGACGAGCACCUCGGAGUCCUCUGAAACCGUCCUCGAUCGCGCACCGUCAAUGACUUCGCUCGUUCACUGGGGGUAUCUCGAGUCUAUCAAUCCUUCAAACCAUGUUCAGCGGAUCACUUUGAAGGCCCGGGAAGUGCAUUUUGGCCGUGCAGAGCUCGACGAUGGUGGCGAGAGCCACUUCAGCUACGUCGUUUUGCCUGGCGACACAGUCAGCACUCACCAUGCCACAUUUCGGUGGAACGGCGAACGCGAUCAUAUGGCCACUGUGAUGGUCUCUGACCAGUCGACCAACGGCACAUACGUCGAUGGACUCCGUAUUGGUCCCGAAAACGUACUGCAAAUUUUUGACGGACACGAAAUAUGCUUCGGGUGUCUGGUGCCUAUCCAAGGGCAGCCUGACCAUGACUACCGCUAUACUUUUCAUUUUGUCUUCAAGUUUGACACUCAACCUGGAGUACCAACUCGCGGACGCCGCAAGACCGAGGCUCUCGCAACGCAUUACCAUCUCCAAAACUAUCUUGGCGGCGGAGCUCAUGGUGUGGUGCAUAAAGCCAUUCACAAAACGACUGGGACUGUUUGGGCCGUCAAAUCUUCAUUCAAGGACGACAUUAAGAACGAAAGCUUCACCUCCUUCGCAGGCCAAGAGGUCCUAUCACUUCUCAAUCUUCGGCACCAGAACAUCUGUCGGCUGAAGGAAGUUUUCUUUCGAUUGGAUGGUCAGGUUGUCGACUGUGUUUUAGAAUACGUUGCUGGGGCGCAGUUGGAUUCUUUGGGUUUUCUCAAUGAAGAAGAGGUCCGCGAAAUAGCCUAUCAAUUGUCCGCUGGAAUCACCCAUAUGCAUGGUCGUAACAUCUACCACGGAGAUCUCAAGCCAAAUAAUGUUAUGCUUACCUACGAGCACCCCGUUACCGUCAAGAUCAUCGAUUUUGGUAUGGCGCGUUUGGGAAGUGGCUUUAAUCUCGAUCUCGCUACGCGUUCCCGAUGGAGUGCCCCCGAGUCCUACCUGCAACUGGUACGGCUGACGUUUGCGAAUACACCUCUUCAUGCCGUUGGUCUGUGGGACAGCUGGUCAUUGGGCCUGAUCAUCUUUUACCUGCUAUCCUCUGUGGAAGCUUUCGAGCAGGCGACGCCUGGGGGAGAGCGGCCUUUUGAGACUGGGGUUGACGUGAUUCGGUGGCAUCAUCUCAAAGAUAAUAGUCCAGUCGCCCAAGAAGCCGUUCAAUCGCUCCUCGUUGUCGACCCAGUAGACAGGUCGACGGUGACUGGGUUUUUCCGCACCCACGAGUGGUUGGCGGAUUACCUGCCCAACCAGACCUUGUUGGCGGACGCCGACGGGGACAACAGAGCUCGAGCGAAGCGCUUGAGGCAGAAGCGAGAAGUUGUCAAUUCGAAGAGAGAGAAGGCGAGGAUAAUAGUGGACGCGCCACGAAGAAGGCGGUCUACUAGAACGACACGAUUGCAACUGCAAGUUUUUAUGUGA